AUGGGCGCCUGGGAAACUGAGGAUGAGGGGACCGACCCGGGCCUGGAGACGUCGCUGCAAACAACCCGAGAAGAGUCCGAGUCCUUGCAAACGACGCUUUUGAAUACUACCAAGGAAAGCCGGUCAUUGAAACGCCAACUAGCACUUUUGGAAGGCGGGACCUCUUCUGCAUUAGAUCAACUGGCCAAAGAGCGCGAUGAGGCUGUGGAAUCUGCGAACGACACCAAGAAGAGGCUAGAGACCACCCAGAAGAAACUGCGAAACCAGGAGGAGGAUAUCGAGCGUGUCCAUCAGCAAUGGACAAAAGAAAAGGAUGGGUGGGAGGAGGAGAAGCGGAAGCUUGAGGUCCGUAUUCACGUCGCGGAAAGCCGCCUGAAGGUGGUCCUUGAUGAGGUGACUGCGUUCCAAGCUGCGCAGACAACCGCUAGCCUUGAUCGCCCUAAGAGUGCGGCGGGCAGCGAAACCGGACAAGAAAACGAUGGCGCAAGCGUUCGAACUCUCAGCUUGACCAACAGCAUCCGGUUCUCUACUGUCAGCGCAAUGAUGAAGCCGAAUGGCAAUACCUUGGCAGACGAGCUUGGUUUCGAUGGAGACUUCGAGGAUGAAAGCGACUACGGAGGCCGUCAGAGUGUCUUCCGUGACAGUGCGUUCGUGCGGUUUUCAAGCCCAUUAAUCGUGGAAAAGCUGUCUCUGAACCAGUCCACCCUCGAUAGACUGGAAGGCGCCGUGAUCAAGGAGGAUGAGGAGUUGCAGCCGCAAACACCGAAGCCAACUUACGUCGAUACUGGAAUCCAAUACUCGCCGCCUCCUUCUCCCAAGAUUGCACAAAUCGAACCUUCGACUCCUCAACCGGCCCUAACCCUUUCUCACCAACUAUACGAGAGGCCAUCUGAUGUUGAUAGCCCACCUCGUACCGACACUGAAUCUGAGCCAAACCGAAGAAGAAAGAGAGUUCACCUUGGGGGUCCGUUGUCAAUCAAGCCACCCAAACACACAAAACUUGAUGUUGCCAGUCCAGGAAUCACUGCCCACACCCCAAGCGACGCCAUCUACUAUGGUAACUUCCUCCACGCAAACCGAUAUUCCAUCUCUUCAGCUGCAGCCACCCGGUGUUGA